ACAUUGAGCGCCAUCUAUUGACAAAAGUGCGUUUAAGCAUGGCUUCUCUAAAAACGUCGUGCCGAGUGUUGCAAACAUCAAGACAUUUACCAGUGUUUAACCCACGUGCCUUCUACAGAUCCUAUGAUAGACCACAGAAAGGCCAUGAAAAAGUUCCAAGCUGGACCAUAGAAAAACAUCGGGAUUCUCCUCUAAAUGCCACCAGGGUUGAAUCAGAGAGAUUGAGACAUGCUGCACCUACAGAGUUCAGGUACAUCUUCCCUGAAUUUUUACCACAUCCAGAUUGGAAAAAGAGGGAUCGCGUAGCAGAAAAAUUACAACGUAGGGACAUGCUACGAAGAAGGCUUGUGUUAGAUAUUCCAGAAUUUUAUGUAGGCUCAAUCUUAGGAGUAACUGUAGCAGAUCAGCAUGUGCCUUCCAAGCAGAGCAGAUUUGUUGGGAUCUGCAUUCACCGAGAUGGUCAUGGCUUACGGGCAAACUUCACUCUGAGGAACCACAUAGAUGGACAAGGUGUGGAGAUCAAAUAUGACCUUUAUAACCCCACAUUGCAAAAUAUAGAGGUGUUGAAACUAGAGAAAAGAUUAGAUGAGGAACUGUUCUACUUGAGGGAUGCACCUGCGACACACAGCACUAUAACUUUUGAUCGUAAACCGGAAACUCUUCCACUUGGGGCCACAGUGCCAGUCAACAUGAAAAAGAUCCCCUUGAAUCCGCCACCUUGGACACAAAGAUGGGAAAAGAGGGAGGACCUUAAGGGAAUAGAUCUGCCAGAGCUGCCAGAAAAGCGAAUGCGUAAAUUAUCACAAAUUGUUAAACCAUGGGAAAAGUAUGACCUUAUGAAGGAAUACAGAAAAAAUAUUUCUGAGGAGGAGCAAAAUGAAAUAUUUAAAGAAGUUGUUCAACAUCACACACGUGUUGAAAAGAAACGCCAUCAGGAAAGACUAAAACGGAUGACAUAGUUAUUGGUUUAGUGUUCUGCAUUAAUCCAGAACUCUGAAUAUUUGGGCAUUGUAUUGAUGCCCCCCCCCCCCCCCACUUCAUUGUACAGUGGGACAACUUAAUUGAGGUGUGGAUUUUGUUUUUGAUCAGUAGAUGUACAUAUGAAUAACUCUUAUGAAUGAAAAUACACAUGCCUUUAUUCACAUUUACAUGUAAAAAGGAAAAUGCCAAAUAUCUUGUAUGUAAAAUAAAGGCUUUAAAAUCAA